AUGGAGCCGCUCACAAGCCCCAACGCGGAGAAGUUCUCAAAGGCUUUGGGGCUGGUUUUCCAAGGAUCGAAUAGAAAUGGGAAGAUUUGGGUGUUUGUUGAGGAAGGGGCCAGCUUCCUGGUCGAGAGAGACACGGAUCAGGCCCUAUCCGGCCGCUUUGGAUCCCCCCGCCUAGCUAGUCACUUGUGUGUCUCGGCGGUGUAUGCAAAAUGUACAAGAACCGAACGGAUUCAUUUAUGGGAUGAAUUGAGGGAGUGCUCCAUACUUUGGGAGGGCUCACCAUGGUUGAUCGGAGGGGACUUCAACACCAUUCUCCAUCCACGAGACAGAGUAGGGAGUGAAACAAACCGCCAAGCUGAAAUGGUGGACUUUGCGGAGGCUAUUGAGGAUUGCAGGAUUCUAGACCCGGGCUAUGAUGGGUCGGAGUUCACAUGGGCCAAGAAUGGUCUCUUCGAAAGAUUGGAUAGAAUUCUUGUGAAUGAACGUUGGGCACAAAUUUUGGAAACUACCCGGGUGACGAACCUGCCCCGGAUUGCCUCGGACCAUGGGCCUGUGUUGGUAAGAUGCAAAGGGACAGAUCAUAACAGCGGGGGUAGGCCGUUCAGGUUCCAAAACAUGUGGUGA